AUGUUUUUUGCACUGGAAGAAUGUAAAAAUUUGCUAAUAUCAUACAAGGAUGAAAUGGAUUUUGUGAAGAAGAAAAAACCAUUGGAGCAAAUUGCAUUAGAUCAUGCCGCAUGCACAUUAGGUGAAAAUUCCGAAACUGAAUUCAUCAUUCACGUCGAUAGACGCAAAAUAGAAUUUGAUGCGGAAAAUGAACGAAGCGCAAAAAAAUGGUUUAAUGCGUUGCAACAUCGACGUGAAAAUAUUGAAAUGAUCACAAGCGUACGACGAAAAAAGGCGCAACCAUUUGAAGUGAUACACUUUGAAACUACAUCAAGCGAAAGUGAUUGCGAUGAAAAUAAUUGCGCCAAAGAAAAUGGAACAAAACAAGUAACUGAAUUAGCUACAAUGAAAACUAAAAUGAUGUCAGGCAGAAGCCUGAAAUUAAUUAGUUACGUUGCUGCUCAUAUUGUCAAAUUAUAA